UAGUAUUACUCACCUGAACCUACAGUUCCUCAACAUCACUUCUCAGACCUACAGUGAUCUAUCCAACUUGUUCUCCUGACUCCUGGUGACCUUAAUCAUGGAUCAGAACCUUCCUGGUAUCCUGGUUCCGCUGGACCCUGGGCAGAUGUUCUCCGAUAUGGGAGAAGAUUCAGAUUCAGAAAUCCUGAACUACGAAUUCGGGCCUGCUACUGCUCGAAGAUCGAACUCGAAUGUUGGGAUCGGAGUUAGGACGUUUGAGAUUGGUGAUACAGAGGUUGAGCUGAGGACGGGUGAGCUUGGAGCAAACACAGUUUGGGAAGGAUUUGUGUUAAAGCGCGGAGAACAUUGGAAAAACUGGAGACAACGGUACUUUAUGCUGCUGUCUGACGGAGAACUGUUGGGGUAUAAGAAUAAACCAUUAAAUCAGGAGGAACUUGACUUCCCUCUCAACUGUUAUACAAUCAGGGGUUGUCAGGUGCGCAGGACGGAGCAACCCAGGCCGAACUGCUUGGUUAUACGAGGCCUGUACAUGGAUACUGACGUAGAGAGACUACUAUGUACUGCAGAGAGUACAGCAAGAGAUGAGUUGUUUCAUUUUAUUGUACAGGUCCGGGACGCAUUGGAAGAGAAUUGCCGGAAACCAAGAACAGAAGAUGCUCGAGUAAAUGUUGGAAGUCCUCAGAAGAAGGUCAACCUAGAGGAUUUUGAAAUCCUGAAAGUUUUGGGGAAAGGCGCAUUUGGAAAGGUUGUAAUGUGUCGAGAGAAGAUGAGUAGAACCAUCUACGCGAUGAAGAUCCUGAAGAAGUCCUUGAUCCUGGAGAAGGACGAGGUUGAGCAUACCAGGACGGAGAACAGAGUUCUUCAAUCUCUUAGGCACCCGUUCUUGGUGAACCUGAAGUACUCAUUCAACAACGACGACAGGGUCUUCUUUGUCAUGGAGUACGUGGGGGGUGGGGAGUUGUUUGAGCAUAUAGGACGGUUGCAUCAGUUUCCUGAGCCAUGGGUUGCGUUCUACGGAGCAGAGAUUGUUCUAGCUCUAGGUUACCUUCAUCAGCGUGGUAUUAUUUACAGGGACCUAAAGUUAGAGAAUUUAAUGCUGGACUCACAAGGACACGUCAAGAUUGUGGACUUUGGACUCUGCAAGGACGAUAUAUUCGAAGGACGACUGGCAAGGACGAUGUGCGGUACUCCGGCUUAUAUGGCUCCGGAGGUGUUUGUGAAGCGUGAAUAUGGGCGUGGAGUUGACUGGUGGAGUUUAGGAGUUGUAAUCUAUGAGAUGGCCACAGGAGAACUACCGUUCUAUAAUGAGAAAAGAGCUGAAAUGUUUAAGAUUAUCUUCCAGGAGAAAUUAAGGUUUCCUAAAUCCAGUAUAUUGAGUGUAGAACUGAAGGAACUAAUAUCUGGACUUCUAGAGAAAGAUUCCACAAAUAGGUUGGGAUCAGGGGAGGGAGAUGCUGAGGAAAUCAUGAUUUCUCCGUUCUUCUCUGACAUUGACUGGAACCUAUUGGAGAAAAGAAAACUUAUCCCACCCUUCAAACCUCAGGUGAAAGAUGAGACUGAUGCCCCGUAUGUAGCUCCGGAAUUCUCCGCUUUAACAACCGACAUGACUCCGACAAACCCCUCAUCUGUACACUGUAACCUCUCAGAUAUUUACUUCAAGAAGUACUCCUGGAGUCAGAGCUAUUCAUCGAGAGAUAUGGAGUUGUCCAUGUGAUUGUAAAAGAUUCCAAGGCUUAGAACUUGAUCUGCUGUUUUACGGAAUUCGACUUUGUUUAGAUAAAAUGUUAUCUUAUAUCAUUUACCACCAAUUCUGCAUUCUGCAAUUUGAAAUAUUUGUAAUAUUGUAAUAAGAUAAAAAUAUCAUAACUUAAUUAUGACGCCAUAUAGAGUAUAGAAGUCUUGAAUAUUAUUUACACAUUAUGUAAAUUGUAAAAUGUGUAAAUCCAAAGAAAUCGAAUCUUCUUACAAAACUCCCCAAAAAAGUGACAAUUUCUCUGUAUAAUUAGUGCCUAAUUUUCUGAUACAAUAUACAAUAAAUUGCAUUUUUUACUUCA